GCAGGGCGCGGGCAGAGAGCACCUGGACGCUUAGAAACCUCCGCCGGGCCUGGCAGGUGGCCGCUGGGCCCCCGCUGCUGGGACCCUUACCUCGGCGGGAGUUGUCUACCCGGCGUCCAGCCCUAGGAGCAGCCCCGCCCUCCAGCCCGGGUCGGGGGAAGAUGCCCGGGGAGCCGGGAAUUGAGGCAGCCGGUUAACUUGCGGGCCUGCCUUCGAGCUCCCGAGCUGUGUUGUCUGAGCUGCUCGAUUGUCUCACACGGCGAAGAGGUGAUAAGGAAACUGAGGCACAGUUUGACUUGCUCCAGGUCACACAGCUUUUUUUCUUACAAGGCUAAGAAUUAUUAGGCAUGUCAGUGAAUCAGCAAGAUCUAGAUUCAGACAGCACUACAGAUAUGGAAGACAUUACAGAUGCUGAAGAAAAACUUAUUAAAGAAUGUGAAGAACUGUGGAAAGAUAUGGAAGAAUGUCAGAAAAAAUUAUCACUUGUUGGAACUGAGACACUCACUGAUUCAAAUGCUCAGCUGUCAUUAUUAAUUAUGCAAGCUAAAUGUUUGACUGCUGAACUCAGUCAAUGGCAGAAAGAAAGUCCUGAAAUAAUUUCACUGAAUGAAGAAGUUCUAGUAACAUUAGGAAAAGAAGAGUUCCAAAAAUUGAGAGUUGAUCUUGAAUUGGUACUCUCUACUGUUCAGUCAAAGAAUGAAAAGUUAAAGGAAGACUUGGAAAGGGAGCAACAGUGGCUGGAUGAACAACAACAGAUAUUGGAAUCUCUUAAUGUACUACACGAUAAAUUGAAACAGCAGGUUGUGACAUUUUCUGAAUCAAGAGUCUUUGAUGAGCUGAACACUAAAAUGCAUGAUAUAAAAGAAUAUAAGAAGAAACUCUUGAUUACCUUGGGUGAGUUUCUGGAAGAUCAUUUUCCUCUGCCUGAUAGAAAUGUUAAAAAGAAAAAGAAAAACAUUAAAGAAUCAACUGCACAGCUGAUAACACUGCAUGAAAUAUUAGAGAUUCUUAUAAAUAGAUUAUUUGAUGUUCCACAUGAUCCAUAUAUCAAAAUUAGAGAUUCAUUUUGGCCACCUUAUAUUGAGCUGCUCCUUCGUAAUGGAAUUGCCUUGAGACAUCCAGAAGAUCCAACACAAAUAAGAUUAGAAGCCUUCCAUCAGUAAAAGGAUGGUCUUUUUUUUUUUUUUUUCACAUGGUACUUAAUGAAUCUUGUCAUUCGAAAAUAAUGGAAAUACUGAGGAUUUACUUGGAUAAAGAACAUUAUUUGCAAAUCAAAGUACAUAGUCCCUCUUCCUUUUAUCCAUAAAAUGACACAUGUCAUCUACUAUUCAUUUAUAAAUGGCCCUUUCAAUUCAGUCAGUGCUCUCUGAUGUUUUCAACUGGAUGGAAAAGAAUGCAAGUAAAAAAUAUUCUAGACUUAAUCAUUGUAAAAUUUGAUUUACCUUUUGCAGUAUUCUUUGGAAAGUUCUUUGUUAAUUUAUGAUAUUGCUAAUAUAAUCUUUUCCCUUUUGAAAUUUGUGAGUUUAUUUUAUGCAUUUUGAGUUGUGUUUGGUGUUUAUAUCUUUAAAUUUAGGAAUUAUAUUGGAAAGGCCAUUUAAUUUGCAGGUGGUUUUUAAAUUGGCAGUUUCUGGCAUAGAAGGAAUCAUAAUUUGAAUGUAUGUAGUAAAUCUGUUCCAUGUAUAUGCCUGAUUUCUAGAUUUUUUAAAAAGUUGAGACAGAAAACUAAUGGAUAAAGGUAGCAUGAAAACUAUAUUUUAGUAUUAUAUAAGUGAUAUAUAUUGAACUGUUCUUUGUUCUGUUAAUUAUUGCUAACAAAAUUCUGUUCAUAACAUUUUGUUAAUUCUCUAAAUAAAAUUCUCUUAUCUAAAAAUCUCUA